AGCAUCCUUCUUUCUAUCAAACUGGAACAUUGCUCCUUCCAUGGAAUCAAACGUUAGAAAUCCUCCACCUUUGAGUUCCUCAAUGGAAUCAAAAAUGACCAAUUCCACCAAAUCUGAGCCAAGUAGCCCAAUUAGAAAAGACAAAUUUCGACAAUUUACACGCUCUAUAUCCUCAUUCUUACCAUCAAAAAAGUCUCGUUCUGGCAGUUCAGCAUCUAAGAAAACGCUUUCACUAUUCUCUACUUCCAUACCAUCAAUCUUCCCACCAAACAAGUCUCCGACUAGUGGUUUGUCAGCUACUAAGACGCGGCGAUUCUCUCUUUCCAUAUGGUCAAUCUUCCGACCAUCUAAGUCUGAAUAUGGGAGUUCAAAAUCUAAUGAAACACUCUCUCAAGUCUCUUAUUCCAUACAAUCAAUUUUCCCACCAAACAAGUCUGAAACAAACAGUUCAUUCAGCGGUCAUAAAAAUUCUUAUUCUCGUUCAAUACAAUCUUAUUUCCCUGCAUAUAAAUCGAGUUCUGAAAUAAGUUCUACCAAGUCAAAGUCUCUCACAAGUAAGGAAUCUUCUUUUUCAUAUAAAGUCUCACCCCCUACUGCCACCAACACAAGACCUCCAACGCCACCGCUUCCCCCACUUUCUAAAGACUCGUAUUCCAUUUUUUCAAUCUUCCCACCAGAAAGGUCGGUAGCAAAUUCUCUAGACACUGAUGGAGCAAAUUCUUAUUCACAAUCUCAUUUCCAUAUAUACAAUUCAAAUCCCCAAACAUGGACAGGGACGUCAUACUCUCAGACAAGUGAGAAGUCUUCUUUUUCAUACGAAAUCCCACCCAUCACCACCAUUACUGCUGCCGCCACCAUCAACAUAUCACCUCCAAGGCCACCAGUUACACCCCUAGCACCUCUUCCUCCUCCUCCUCCUCCUCCUCUUCUACAAUUCUCUUAUUCUAAUUCAAUAAAAUCUUCUGUCCGUGUAAAUAUAUCGAAUUCUCAGACAAGUGAAGAGUCUUUCUCAUGUGAUCUCACAGCUGCUACCACCUCCGAGACAAGUGAUGAGUCUUUCUCAUAUGAUUCAACAGCUACUACCUCCACCACUGGCACACCAUCUUCAAUGUCACCACCAAAAUUAUUUUAUUCCCCCCUGUCAAUUUUCCCACCAAACUUGUCUGUAGCAAAUAGUUUGUAUACCAUUCAUGGAAAUUUCCCUUCAAAUGUAUUGAAUCCUCAUAUAAGGUCCAGGAAGUCAAAUAUUUGGAGAAGCAAGAAAGACUCUUCUUUCUCAUUUGAAUACUCAGCCUCCACACUACCACCACCACCACCACCAUCACCACCAAUGGAUUGGUAUAUUUCGGUCCCAUGUCCUGAGAGUUGUGCUUCUGCUUCAACCCAUGAUCAGUCUUCAACCAAGAGAAAUAAAACAAGGAAAACAGAAUUUAUCCGUAUGCCUACUUUGGUCCAAAAAGCGCUAGAUUCUACUACUAAGUCAAUGGAUGACAAUAAUUUUCAACCUGGAGAGAGCUCAGAUCUCACAACGCACCCCAACAUGGCCCUCAUGCAAUCCCAGUCGUCUAUGGAGCUCUUGAACCAGGAAACCAUGCAACACCACCUCCAAACCCUAAUUGAGGGGGCUCACGAGAAUUGGACCUAUGCCAUCUUAUGGGAGCCAUUGUACGACUACUCUGGCUCAUUUAUUUUGGGUUGGAGCAAUGGAUACUACAGAGGAAACAACUCCAAUGGCAAAGCCAAAACGAAAAAAGUAGUGGUGGAACAAGAGCUCAGGAAGAAGGCACUUGGCAAGCUCUAUUCUGUGAUCUGUGGCGGGUCUGACAUGUCCAAUGGUGACGACGAGAUUGUUUUAGAAGAUGAUGUCCCUAACAUCGAGUGGUUCUUCAAUUCGUCAAUGUUUUAUUCCUCCAUCAUCAGAGGAGGUGACCUCCCAAGCCAUGCCUUCUUCAAUUCAAGCCCCAUCUGGGUUGUGGGUUCGGACCAACUUGCAGGCUUACCGUGCGGUCGGGCUAGUCGAGGGCAGUCCUUGGGGCUCCAGACCAUGGUGUGUAUACCUUGGGCAAAUGGGGUUGUGGAACUGGGCUCUACCGAUGCAAUUUUCCAUUGUGAGGAUCAGAUGGAUUUGAUCAAAAAGGUUAGGGUUUUGUUUAAUUCUAACAGCCUGCAAAUGAGUUCAUUGCCUAUUACUGAGCAAGGCAAAAGCGACCAUAUCCUUCGAUCGGUUCUGGCAACGACCAACAACCUUCAUGCAAAGGAUGUGGACAGUAUUUCCAACAUCAUUGCUCGUAGUGGCAAACGUACCUUGUAACCACGACUUACACUUUUUUUUUUAUAGACCAAUGACUUACAUUUGAUACACUUUUUUUUUGGAGAUAUAUAAUUU